CCAGUGUAGAAAAAAAGGAAGCAAAUUUGUUAAUCGAGCGAGGCUAUCGUACGCCCUUUGUGAUUCUGGUUACAUUAUAUUUUUCUCUUGCAAUCAGCAUUGUAUUAAUUUAUUAUUAUACGUAUCCGAAAGUGGUUCUUCAAUCUUCAUGUCAGGCUCAGCUUUCAGGUACCUCCAUUGAAACCUGAAACCGAAAAGGCAGAUACAUGAACCCUGAAAUUAAAAACGGUUACAAAGUCGUAUUCACAGCUCAAACUCGAAACAUCAAGGCCCAACCAAGCAGUUAUCUUCGCUUCUUAAACAUCCAUUUACUCCUCCUUUUGUCUCGGAAUCGAAACUUCAAUCUCCAACUUUAUAGAACACUCAUUCUCCCCGGAUCUACACUUAGAUGAGAGUUUCAACAACAAGAAAUGCGUAGCCGGGGAUCACAAAGCCGGCUAUAUGGUGACUCUUUUGGAUCACGCGUUUCUGCUCUCAUGCUUGCCAUGGUUGCUACUAUGGCUACCAUUUACGUUGCUGGCAGGCUAUGGCAGGAUGCGGAAAGCAGGACAUAUUUAAUUGAAGAGCUUGAGAAAAGAACUGGUCAGGGUCAAUCUGCCGUUUCUGUUGAUGAUACACUUAAAGUUAUAGCCUGCAGGGAACAACGUAAGAAGUUGGCUUCCCUUGAGACAGAAGUAGCAGCUGCUAGACAGGAAGGUUUUGUUCCAAAACACUUGCCAGGAAAUGAUGGGAAGCAUCCUACAAAGAAGGUACUUUCAGUUGUAGGAGUCAUGACAACAUUUGGUCGAAAAAAGAACCGAGAUGCAAUCCGUAAGGCUUGGAUGCCAACAGGUACAUCUAUGAGAAAACUGGCUGAUAAGAAAGGCAUCGUUGUGCGAUUUGUAAUAGGAAGAAGUGCCAAUCGUGGAGACAAUUUGGACAAAGAGAUUGAAACAGAAGGCAGUUACACCAACGACUUCAUCAUUCUUGAUAAUCAAGUGGAGGCACCUGAAGAAAAAGCAAAAAAGAUAAAAUCAUUCUUCAUUUAUGCAGUGGACAACUGGGAUGCUGAAUUUUAUGCUAAGGUCGAUGAUGAUGUCUAUGUUAAUCUUGAUGCCCUUGGAGGAGUGCUAACUUCUCAUUUGGACAAGCCCCGUGUUUAUAUUGGUUGUAUGAGAUCAGGCAAAGUUGUCUCUGAGCCGUCACAUAAAUGGCAUGAGCCAGACUGGUGGAAAUUUGGUGACGGAAAAUCAUACUUUCGACAUGCUUCUGGCGAGGUCUAUGUCAUUUCAAAAGCAUUGGCUCAGUUUAUUUCAAUAAACAGAUUUAUUCUUCGUACAUAUGCACAUGAUGAUGUAAGCACUGGAUCAUGGUUUAUUGGGCUUGAUGUCCAUCACCUUGAUGAAACAAAGUUUUGCUGCUCCUCCUGGUCCCCAGGAGCAAUUUGUGCAGCAGUAUGACGACUUUUCACUGACAAUUAAAGUGACAUACGGAAGACACAAAUCUUUUACUUCCUCCAUCAUCAUUUUUGUCACAGAUGAUUUUCUGUUAUGAUAAUUUCAACCAGUAGUUGAUACUUCCACUUUAAUGCGGGGAGCUGUUGGUUUCUCAGUUAGGAGCUAUGCCUCUGUGACAAUAGAUACUUGCGUGCUCAGUGCUCUCCUCAGAAUAUUAAAAGGUAUUGAGAAAUUGGCAUCAUGGUUGUCUGAUUUUAAGAAACUGUUCCUUCCCCAAUUAAUCAUGUAAUAUAAAUAGCUCUCGCCCAUAAACUAUACAUUUUUACCACAUGGGAUAAAUGAAUGAGAAUUUCAUAGCAACUUAAUUAUAGGAAGCAUUUCCCCGUAUACCAGGAACUAUUCUGGUUAAUGGCAGUUGUUGGAAGCAACUUCCGGGAAGUUCCUCUAAAAAUUUAAAAUUAUUUAAGAGGACACUUUCAUUUA